GCGCGAGCGCUCUCUUCCGAAGUUCCUUCGAGAGCGGUUGGAGGUGGCAACGGAGGGGCGCUCGAGGCGACCGUUGAAGAGGCGGGGCUCCCCCGAACGCCCCCGAGGGAGAGCGGCAGUUGCCCCGAGGGGCGCUUAAGCGCCUGGUGCGGUUGCCACCGACAGCUCUUCCUUCUCCAAACAAUGAACGAGUCCCCUACGGUAGCCGGGCCCUGUCUGGCUGGUCCGCUCGCUAUGGGUGGGGAGAACGAGGCUGAAAGCCGUCAAGGCCCUGCGGACCGAGCCAACGGAGAGUCUCGCCUCAAUCUCUUGGACACUUGUGGGGUGUGCGGACAACACAUUCAGAGUCGGCGGCCUAAGCUGCUUCCUUGCCUUCACUCGCUCUGUCAGCGUUGCCUACCUUCUCCUCAUCGCUACCUCAUGCUGCCACCUCCCGCAGCCCCUUCGCCGGGCGGCGGCGGCUGCUGCGGCCCCAAAGAUCCGCCGCUGCCGCCGCCGCCGCCACUGCUCCAGCCGUCCUCGGCGCCUUCUUCGCCGGUCUCCGCGCCGCCUUCGCCGUUGCACUGUAAUCCGGUUGGUGUUGUUCGCUGUCCAAUUUGUGGCCAGGAAUGUGCAGAAAGACACAUUAUUGACAACAUCUUUGUGAAGGAUACUACUGAGGUUCCCAGUAGUACAGUGGAGAAGUCAAAUCAGGUGUGUGUGUGUAGGUGUUUUGGGGAUUCCUAAAACUGUCAAAUAUGAUAAUCCAUUGACAAAUACAAACUAAUGCUUGGUGAAAAUUCUUUUAGUCAUAUAUUAUUUUA